AUGGCCAUGGAGGGAACCAGCAAAGAGCCGGACAACACGGAUGACGCCCCCAUUCAGAGACCCGUGUCCUCCCUGCUCUCCCACUUCGAAAAUCUUGCUCACCGCAGAUCCCCCUCCACCCUGGCUCCCAGCCCACGCGACUCCGCAACCCAGUGUCUGAGAACCCCCGAUCCCACCGACCAGCCCCGGUCUUCCAGUCGAGCUUCGUUGGACCUGCCCCGCCCACACUCCCCAUGGAGCUCGGCGGGCGAAGACAGACACAGCCGUCGCUAUGAGCAUACCAACGGCGCCCACUCCCGUGCUCGCGGGUCCCCCGGCAGCCGAAGUGGUCGGCCCAUUUCGAUGAGCGUACAUCACUCGUCGCCUCAGCUUGCCCCAACUUUGACCGUUGAUGCGCCGCAAUCACCUCCGCGGAGCUCCCAGCGAGAUCAGACACCAUCCCAUCAGGAGGACAAUCGCCCGUCUCGGAGCCCAACCCAUCGCCCGCGCCAGUCGAUGUCUCCAAUACCGGUGCCUCGACCCGAAACCCCCAAACUUGGCUCAUCCGUACCCGUGGGGGAUUCAAUCAACCGGCUUUCGCCCGGUGGGCUCGCCAUCACUGGACACGGUAGUCCGGCGGAUCGGAAAUCCAAGAGCGCUUCGUUGCCGCCACCGGCCAAUCGCGCAGACAAGCCCAAAAUCCCGGCGAAGCCAGCGAUGCUAUCCCACUCCGAUGCCAACUCAUUAGCCCCGCGAUCAGAACGAGAUCCCUCUGAAGAUGCCGCCGUAUCUCCCUUCAAUACCCCUCCUAGCAGCCCGGAAAAACCGACUACCAAGCCAGUGCAUACGGAAAGAGUUAUUCCCAAACCGCCACCACCCCGGUCCACGACUGAGCCACCGAAUAGGCGCUUGUUUGAGGACCGGUUACCAGCUCCUACUGCCCAUGCGAGACAAGAUGCUCGAGAAUUGGGAUUCUCCAGGGCUCGCCCUGUCCCGGAACCCUCGCGGGCUACUAAACCUUUGAUGGUACAAAUACCCUCAGCACCUUCGAAAUCUCCUGAGUCGGCGUCAACCGCGCCACCCAUGUCGACACAACGACUUCGAGCAAGCGACAGUCCUCACGAUCGCCCGGGGCUCCCCCCUCGGCCGGCGGGAGUCCCGCGCCGGGGCGGAUAUUCCCCGGUACGAGAUUCACCACAGCGCGUGAACAGUCCUGCGCAGAUGACGCCAGUCGCUAGGUCCGCGCCAUCCUUUCCUCAUACCAGCGAGACUCAAACAAAGCGGCAUAUUCAACGCCAGGAGUCAUGGUCCCGCGAGUCGCUACCUGAGCGUCGCAUUGCACGGACAGACACGGAAGAGGAAGAACAAACCGCUGAUGAGCCGCCUAUCUCCCGGACCGAUUAUCCGGAUGCAUCCCAGGCCAACCGACGGCCCCCAUUCUACAAAACCGGACCCAGAGAGAUCCUCACGAGGUACGAUACUCGCUUGCUUGACGUGUGUGGCAAGUACGCGUGCACAACUGGCUACUUGACACGAGCCUGGGAUCUCACUACCGGUGAACAAGUCAUGAGUCACAGUCACGGCGAAACCGUGAAGAGCUUGUGCCUUGCGUUUAAGCCCGGUAAAGGCCUCGAAGAUGAAGGCCAGCGCAUCUGGCUGGGAACUAGCAACGGAGAGCUACAGGAGAUCGACAUUGCAUCUCAAUCUGUUGUAGCCACGCGGUCGUAUCCUUCUCGGCGGGAGGUCAUCCAGAUUCUGCGCCACAAAAAAGAAAUGUGGACUUUGGAUGACGAAGGCCGUCUGCUGGUAUGGCUGCCGGAUGAGACCGGGACCCCCAAUCUGCAAUAUAGCUACCACAGCCCCCACGAACGAGUUGCCCGAGGCCAUACAUUCUCCAUGGUGGUAGGGGACAAGAUUUGGCUAGCUACGGGCAAAGAUGUUCAUGUUUAUCGCCCUAAUGCGCGCGAUGACAACUCGUUCAAAGUAUUUAAACGGCCACUUGGCUUGCAGCACUCGGGUGACGUAACGUCUGGAGCUUACACCACCCGAGAUGGUGGCCGAGUAUAUUUGGGGCAUGCAGACGGCAAGGUGACCGUCUACUCGUCGACUGACUACACGUGCUUGGCCGUGGUCAAUGUCAGCGUCUACAAGAUCAAUUGUCUCGGGUUUGUAGGUGAUUAUUUGUGGGCUGGAUACAAGACAGGCAUGAUUUAUGUCUACGAUGUCAACACCAACCCCUGGACUGUGAAGAAGGACUGGCACGCCCAUGAUAGCCCUGUCUGCGGAUUCGUGCUGGACACGAGCAGCGUGUGGACCAUGAACCGCCUGCAAGUGACUUCCCUUGGUACGGACAACUGCAUCCGCCUCUGGGAUGGUAUGCUGGAAGAUGACUGGCUGGAUGCUCGAAUGCAGGACAAAGAUGUCGAAUUCUGCACCUUCCGUGAAAUCCGGACUGUCAUUGUAACGUGGAACGCGGGUGCUUCCACUCCUGGUAGUGUUCGCACGUCGGAUUUCAUCCGAGAUGCUGUCAACCCAGAGGAUCCACCAGAGAUUGUGGUCUUUGGAUUCCAAGAGCUUGUUGACCUUGAGAAUAAGAAGAUCACAGCCAAGAGCUUACUCCUCGGGAGCAAGAAGAAGGAAAAUGGCGAGAAGGAACACAUGAGUCGCCAGUACCGAGUAUGGAUCGACCAUUUGACUCGCACUCUUCAUGAAUGCAUGCCUCUCGAGGAAAGCUAUGUUCUGUUACAUUCCGCGAACAUGAUUGGUCUGUUCACCUGUGUCUUCGUCAAGCACAAGGAACGCCACAAUAUUAGGAGCCUCAGUGCAUCGGAGAUCAAGCGGGGGAUGGGAGGGUUGCACGGGAACAAAGGUGCCCUGGUUCUUCGGUUUGUGCUCGAUGAUAGCUCUAUGUGUUUUGUGAACUGCCAUCUGGCAGCCGGCCAGACACAGACCGCGAAUCGCAACAACGACAUCGCUGCUAUUCUCGAGGCGGAAUCCCUGCCCGCGGAGAAUAGCCUCACGGUGCGGUCCGACCAGUAUGCCAGUGGCGGUGAUGGAACGAUGAUUAUGGACCACGAAGUAUGCAUCCUGAACGGAGACCUCAACUACCGCAUCGACGCAAUCCCUCGCCAUGUCAUUAUUGAUGCAAUCCGUCAAAAUAACCUCCCCAAGCUCCUCGAGCGUGAUCAGCUGCUCGCCUCGCGCCGGAAGAACCCCGGCUUCCGAUUGCGGAGCUUCACUGAAGCUCCCAUCGCGUUCGCACCGACUUAUAAGUACGAUGUCGGCACCGCCCAGUACGACUCCAGCGAUAAGAAGCGGUCUCCUGCCUGGUGUGACCGCGUCCUAUACCGUGGCCUUGGCCGCGUCAAGCAGCUCGACUACCGGCGGCAUGAGGUUUUCGCCUCCGACCACCGGCCGGUGAGUGCAUCCUUUAAGGUCCGCGUCAAAACAGUGCUGCCGCAGGAACGGGCCACGACAUGGGAUGCCUGCCAGCAGGAUUUCCAGAACGAGAAACGCCGGCUGGCCUCCGACGCUAGUAUCGAGUAUCUCAUCACGGUCCUCGGCACAGAUCCCCGCCAAGCCCGGACAUUGAUCUUGGGCAAGGGGCAAUAA